AUAUAUAUAUAUAUUGCUUCACUUUCUCCCCUCUGCCCUCUCUCCACCCCAUUAAUUGAAGACGGUUGACACGAGGUGUGUGUGUGUUUAUAUAUAUAUAUAUAUAUAUAUAUAUAUAUUGGAGAGAGUGGAAGAACAGAAACAGAACCAGAAGCCGCACGAGGACCCCCCACCACCACCCCCUCGAAAAUGCUCUCGCUGAAGAAGUACUUCACGGAGGGGCUGAUCCAGUUCACCAUCCUGCUGAGCCUGAUCGGGGUCCGGGUGGACGUGGACUCGUACCUGGACGCGCGGCUGCCGCCCCUCCGCGAGAUCAUCCUGGGCCAGAGCUCGGCCUACACCCAGACCCAGUUCCACAACUGGCGCAACGCCCUGGACGGCCACGACCUGCACCCGAAGAGCGCGGACCUGGACCGCUACUUCGCGGCCCGGCGGCUGCUGCUGCACGACGUGCGGGGCCUGGACCGGCUCCUGGUCCCCAGCACUCGGCUCAGCGCGUGGCUGGUGCACGGCGGCGGCGGCGGCGGCGGGGGCGGUGCCGGCGGCGGCGGGGGUGGGGGCAACCGCGACCCCGAGGGCCCGAGCGGCGGCGGCGGCUCGUCGCCCGCGCGGGGCUUCCCGGAGGCGGAUGAGAACUCGGGGGCCGUGGCGCCGCCCGCGGGGGGUGACCUGACUAAAGAGGACAUUGAUUUGAUUGAUAUCCUGUGGAGGCAGGACAUAGAUCUGGGCGCUGGGAGAGAAGUUUUCGACUACAGUUGCAGGCAGAAAGAUGGUGAGCAACAGCAGCAGGAUGAGGAGGAACAAAGCAACAAGAGUGAAGAACCAGAGAAAAGCCAUGGGGACUGGAGGAGCACAGCACUGCAGGGAACUGCCCAAGUGGAUGGGGAGACUGGAGAAAGUGUUCCAGCUCAGGUGCCAGGGGUGCUGGACCAAGCUGCUCUUUCCUUUGAGGAGUGUCUGAGACUUCUGGAAGAAACUUUCCCUUUUGGUGAGGAUUAUGAGUUUCCAGCAGCAGUGUCUCCGGAGCUGAAUGAGGCUUUAGACAGUGCUCUGCCUGGCACCAACGAUACCGUCAAUAGCACUUCACAGACUGCUGUUCUUCCACCUGAGCUGCCAAGUCCAGAGUCUCCUUUAGACUUAGAGCAGCAAUGGCAGGACCUUCUGUCUCUCAUGGAGCUACAGGAUAUGGAAGUAAUAAAUAGUGCUGCAACUUCCUACAAUUCCAGUGCUAGUUCUCACGGUAGUGAUGACUUGGCUACAAACUACACCCAACCUCAAACUACAGCUACAGCCAUCAAUCAAAAUGUAAGUCUCCACGAUGCCACCCUGCCUCAAUGCGCUGCUGACUUCCCCCUCUUCAAUCCACAUUUGGAGAAUCCUUCUACAGACAGUGGGCACAGCCUCCUUCGUUUGGCUUCCACCAAUUCUACCAACUUUGACACGACCUUUGGCUCAACAAACUUCACAGGGAUGCUCUUCCCUCCCCACAUGAAUGGAACCAGCAACGAAACUUCCAGUUCCAGUUUGCUCGACCCUCUGUCCAGUCUGUUGGAUGAAGCCAUGCUUGAUGAAAUAAGCUUGAUGGACCUCGCUAUGGAAGAAGGCUUUGAUCCAAUGGAGGCCUCGCAGAUCGAAGAAGAACUAGAUUCUGACUCUGGACUUUCUCUUGAUUCUAGCCGGAGCCCCAUAUCUCCGAGCAGCUCUGAAUCCUCUUCCUCUUCCUUGUUUUACGAGGAGGGAGCAGUGGGAUACAGCUCCGAAUCGGAAUCCAAUGACUCUGAAGAGGCUGAUGGAGUGAUUGAAGGAGCGGUUGGGGGUUAUCAGCCUGAAUACAGCAAGUUUUGCCGCAUGAGUUACCAGGACCCAAGCCAUUUCCACUCACUUCCUUUCUUAGAGCAAAUCAACCACAAUCACACAUACAACCUUCCCCCAGGGGCACUCUUCUCGAAUCAAUAUCAGCAGCCUGGGCCCGGGAAGAAAAUGCACCUGAAGGAGAAGCCGGCAUCUCACAUAGACGUGCAUUUGGGCCGUGAUGAGCGCAGGGCUCAGACCUUGAAGAUCCCAUUCACCAAUGACAAGAUCAUCAACUUGCCUGUUGAUGAGUUCAAUGAGCUUUUGUCCAAGCACCACCUGACUGAAGCUCAGCUGACCUUGAUCCGUGACAUUAGGCGGCGAGGCAAGAACAAGCUGGCAGCUCAAAACUGCCGCAAGAGAAAGCUGGACACCAUCGUUCACCUGGAUCAGGAGGUGGAGCACCUGAAUAGACAAAAGACCAAGCUCUUAAAGGAGAAGGUGGAAUUUGUCAAGUCGCUGCGUCAGAUGAAGCAGAAACUGCAGGACCUUUACCAGCAGGUGUUUGACAGCCUGCGGGAUGAACACGGGCGACCUUAUUCGCCAACACAGUACGCCCUGCAGUACGCGAAUGAUGGGAGCGUGCUAGUCAUGCCUCGUGCCCUCGCCACUCAGCGAGUUAGGCCAGACAAGAAGAAUAAGAAAAAGUGAAAGGAGGGGGCCAGGCAACCAAGGAUCUAGGUUUAAAAAUGAACUCAGACACUGUGGGGCAGAGCUUCCCAGCUGCUGCUAAACUUUAAAUGACUGACACACUUGCACCUUCUCAUUGAAAAUAUCUCGCGAUUCUGGUGGCUGCGGGUCAGUUUGGAUGGAACAUGUGCCGGACUGAUGGUGACUGAGCUUUAUAUUAAGUUGAUAGUUUUGACCACGUUUAGAGUGGGAGCACCUGUUGGUCCUCUAGUGUAAUAAAAACCAGAGGCAAUGUUGUGGGUCUGGUCUGUAGGACAGGAGUUGAGACGCAGGUUGAGCACUGGAGUCUUUAUGGUUCAGAAUCUCCCACACUGCUUCGCUUGGGAUACAAAACUGACUUUCAAGAGCCGCACAUCAUGCAGUUUACCAACCGCAAACCAAAAGCUGAAUCGCUUUUAGUGGCACAUCAAUUCUCCCUUUUUUUUAAAAAAAAAGCAACAAAAAAAUUUUGGGUUUUGUUUUUAACAAUCUGCAAAAUGAAGCUGUUCACAACUACUUUUUUUUUAGUUAAGUAAUUUCUAAAUAAAAAAAAAUUACCGUACAUAUUUUCAAAAGUAGGUGGACAGUUAUUUGGUUAGCAAAGCAAAGAGGAUUGGAAUAUCUCCGUCUUGGAAUAUUAAAGGAAAAGCGCCAGUCUGGUAAACCGUCUUGGUUAAAGAGGAUUGUUUAACAAUUGAACCAAAUUUGUGCCCUAUCCCAAAGGUACUAAUCUCUUCCAUAGUUGGUGUCUUUUUGAAGUCCAUUGAAUGUCAGCUGUGUAUAGAAACUAAGUUUCACAUUCCCCGCUUCUCGUGAAAUCUUACAUGGAGUUUUGUUUGGGAAGAGUUGUACCCACAUUGCCGGAAACCUGGCUCUGGCUGAUGUGAGGACGGGUGUACACACCUCUGCAUAGUGUCCAGCUGACAGCAGGAGUUCUCGGGGAGUCUGGCACUGGCCAGGCAUUAGUGGUCUUAUCUGAGAUGGACAAGUAAUGAGCUGCGUUUUGAGAGCAGCUCUGGCCGUGACGGAGUGCACUCCUUCCCGGUGCUGCCAAAGAGCAGAGAAUAGAGGAACUGAGACAGUUGAUACUGUGAAAUAUAACUGGCCGCGGGGCUGUGGAUUGUGGAGUUAGCCAGGUUCCUUUUCUAGAUGUCUUCUGGUUCUGUAAAGCUGAUCAUUGCUGUGUGGGAAGGUAACUUGGAGGAGGAUAGCUUGUGGGGAGGGCUUGAGGGUUUCUGUGGGGGGUAGAUUAAGGAGUGGUCUGUACCGGUACAUCUCUUAACUUGGCUACUAGGAAGGCCCGGGAUGGCAGCCUUUCCUCAGGUGAGCCCAGCUGGAGAUUGUGUGGGGAGAGAACAGGUGCUUUCCAACGUGCAGAUCAUGUUACUGUGGGAGGGGCGAGGUGGGGGUGGCGGGUAGGGGCACGUAGGAGAGCAGAUAUUCUGAUCCCAGGCCUGUGUGUCUGUGUCGUUGUGCAGUAGAUGGUUCUGACCUUGUUGUUGGUGUUCCUCCACUGCUGAGAUCAGGAAUCUACCUCACUGAGAACAGAGGCCAGGAGGUAACUGUGUGUGUUUAACUGGUUUAAAUGGUCGGGCCCUAUCUCUGAAUUGUGCUAGAUUUGCUAAAUAUGUUCGACUUUGUUUUAAAAACUCUUGAAUUUUUCUACAAUAAUUGCAUAAAAGCUCGGGCGCAAAAGCUUCAAUUGGCUGAGAUUUAUUGCGGAAUAUAUAGACAGUGGAGCGCAGGCCAUAUCAGGCCAAUGCUGGACUGAUGGUGUUCCUGGUAAUGAGGCUAUUCUCUAGCCUUAGAUCUUUGUAACCUAACCUAUGUAAUAUUCAAUCAUCACUGUGGCUCUGGUCUGUAGCACUAACCUAGAGACUGCAGGGAAACUGAAGCUUUAAGCUGAGAUUGCUCCUGGAGUCGCUGGGAACACUCAGCGGGUCAGGCAGCAUCUAUGG